UAUGUCGGUGACGUCAGGCGUCAACGGACGUGCGAGUGACAGACGAGCGGAGGACACGAGAGGCGAACAAAGACCGAGACGGCAGCAUGAACGGCACCAAGGAGGACAGCGACAACAUCAGCCAGGACAGCGCGAAGGAGAAGAUGUCGGCGGGCCCGUGCGAGAAGUUCCAGGCGAACUUUUUCAACAAAACCAAAUGUCAGAACUGCUUCAAGUCACGCGAGCUGCACGUGCCCGUGCGCCCACCAAUGGAACACGCCAAGGCGGUGCACGCCGGCUGGCUGUGUUUGGCACCCGAGGGGACAGAUUUUGACAAAGCGGCACACAGAUCACGAAAAUGGCAGCGUCGUUUCUUUGUGCUGUACGAGGACGGCAUAGUGACGUUCGCGCUGGACGAGUUGCCGACCACUUUGCCCCACGGCAUGUUAGACAUGAACACAUGCACGGCCAUCUUAGACCCGGAAGUGCGCACCGGCCAAAAGAACUCGUUGUGCAUCGUCACCCCAGAAAAGGAAGUCUACGUCCGCGCAGACAACAAGGACACCAUCAGCGGGUGGAGUGAUCAGCUGGCUGUGUUUGUGCAGGAUGAUGCCAACAACCUCAAGAAGAAACGCAAAGUGGAUGCUGCCAGCGUGCAGGAACCUUCUCCUGCCAAGAUGUCCACCCCAGGCCCCACCUUUCAAGUGCCAUUGGUGGCAGGUGCCAGCCAUUGGCAGGAGGACCGACAGGAAGAGAGGAACCAUGUCUGGACUGCAACCGGAAGUGAUCCUGAACACGCCCUUGGAACAGACCCCCAUGUUUGUGAUGUCGCUGACACCCAGUUGACAUGUGGAAGUUUGCAUCCAGACUGUGAUCCACCUGAACAGGAGACAAAGUUCAUCCAAACGUGCCCUAACAACAUGGACGUGAACCAACUAAGAUGUGACGUUUCAGCAGGGAAGCGACUGCAGAGUGGGGAGGCGUCCGGGAUGCAACAGGAAGAGAGGACAUACUCGUCCAGGUGGGGCAGGAGUGACGCUCGCCCCUCCAAGCGAGAGCCAGAUCUAUUAAACUUCAAAAAAGGUUGGCUGGUGAAGCUGGACAACGAUGCUCAGUGGAGAAAGUACUGGUUUGUCUUGUCUGCUGACAGCCUCAAGUUCUACAAGGACACAUUGGCUGAGGAGGCUUCGAAGCAGGAAGGUGAAGUGGACCUGAGCGAGUGCUUCAAAGUGUCAGAGCAGCAGGUCCACAAGAACUACGGCUUCCAGAUCCACACUCCAAAUGGUACCUGCACGCUGUCAGCCAUGACAGCAGGAAUACGGAGGAACUGGGUCCAAGCGCUAAUGAAAAAUGUGCACACCACUCCUGAUGUCACCAGCCCUAAUCUCGAAUAUUUGGUCAAACCGGAUGUGACCCCGGAUUGGUCGGAGCUGGAUCGGCAUUCCAAGCCCCGGAGCAUUUUGGAGCGCAGGCGGGAAGGCCGUUACAAGACUUUCGACUUGGCCAACCCUCACCCUCCAGGCAGAUCGGCUGCGGACGUCGGUCAGUCCCCGCCUCCGCCGCCACCUCAAUGCCGUGAGCUGGAGAAGAAAAGGAGGAGGGAGGCCAGGAGAAGGCGCUACGAGAGCAUACUGGGCUUGUCUCCUGGCCGUGAGGUGAUGGGCGACGCGGCAGGUGCUGCCAGUCUGAAAGACGAAAUGGAGGCUUGCUGGAAGCAGGUGGAGAGGAAAAACUCCCUGAAGAACUCAAAGAUCCUCCACAUCCAUAAGGACAACAAUGCCACCGACUCCGUGCAUGACUACAAGAAGGCGUUUGAGGAUCUGAAGCGUCAGCUGGAAUUGUCUGAGCGCGGCAGACGGGAGCUAGAGGCUCGUCUCAGCUUGGUGUCUUCUUAUGAAGCUACUGCAACGUUGGAAUGUUUGCAAAAAUCUGGAGAUGGUGGUCACUCGCUGGGUGAAACUCUGGUGGGUGGAAUGACAGGAAGUAGAAGUCCAGAGCAGCAGCCUCAGCAUCUUGACAGCGACAAGGACACGCCAGCAACAUGGACGCGUGACAGAGAUGAGGAUUUACCUCCCAUCUGGUGUGAGAGCUUGGCUUCCGAGGCAUCACACAGCUCAGACCCUCAGACCAUCGGUGAAGCUCAAAACGAACCACUGGACUUGGAGGAUUUCAUUGGGGAUCGGCAUGAGAUUCCAAGGAAGGACAGUCCACCGUGUCUGGACUCUAUCGGCGAUUGCCGAUCCUCCAUGCCGGAUCCCCUGGCCGAGGCUGGCGGUGAUCAAGGGGCAGUCAGGAAGCUCUCCCAGGAAGUGGAAAUCCUUGGCGGCCAGAAGGAUGCCCUCGACCAGCGCAACCAGGAGAUGCUGAACCAGCUGAGCGAGGCGGACCGGGAGAUCCAACGUCUCAAGGAGGAGCUCAGCCUCAGGUGUACAAAACCUUUCCCCAAAAAGAUAGAGGACUUGCAGCAGGAACUUCUGGAGAAGGACCAGCAGCUCCUGGAGGCACAGACUCUCAUCACAUCCCUAAAGGACAGACUGAGGCAUGCCGAGUUUCUCCUGCAGCAGGAGGAGGAGGAGGAAGACGAAGCUAGCGUGGGGAACGCCGAGGCAGUGGGCAUAGGGAGCACCAACUGCUUCCUGCUACGAUGCUUCCAAGCCACCGAGGCCAAGCUCAUUGAGCUUGAGAGGAAGCUCCACCAUUCACAGAUCAGCUGUAGGCAGCUCCAGACAGAGAACGAAGCCUUGAAGGAAGCAGGGAAGCUUUACAGACAAAACGCCACGCAAACCGAGCCAGACUUCUUGAGGCCAGCCCCUGCGGAUAAAAGAACGCAGCAGAUGGUGGAGUGGACCAUACUCAGGUGGAAGGUUCUGGACAGGUUCCUGGAGGUUGUCAACAGACUGGACGUUGUAAAGACCAAGAUGGGAAACGAGGAGGAAGCGGGGCACCCAGUUACUUCCUGCCAACUGAAGCUGGACGAGCUUUGGAGCGCGUUGUUGGAUGACGUCAACGCCAACGCUUCCCAUGUACAAGAACAAAAUGAGAUUCUUGAUGAUGUGAUUCCACAGAUGAUUCCGGAAAAUCAGAUGUUGUUGGAUGGGACGCUUUUCAAGGAAGAUGAGGAGACCUCCGCUGGUUUAGACAGGAAAUGCAAGGAGAAUGUCCAAGAUGUUCUUGGGAAUACACAACAUGUCAGCAGAUCUGAAAGCGGCAGGAUAACGGACGAUGCCAAGCAUUUGAGCGCUCUGGACGAUAGUGGUGUGGAAUUUUUGGGGAUGAUCGUCCAGAUCAUCUCGUCCUGGAUCAACGUGAUGUCGUCCAGCUUGCGGGACAAAGUCAGGAUGACAGCUGAGCAUUUACGGGCCACCUUUAUAUUCUCUACUGAGGCUGCGUUCUGCUUUCAUAUGACCAGCAAGUGCAACGGCUUGCUGGAAGAAAAUACGAAACUCCGAAGGCGACUUUCCCAGGCGGAGAAGCAAGAAGCUAAUGUUGACGUCGGCAUCCAGGUGGAACAGGAAGCGGAAGAAGGAGACGAGGUGACGAGACUAGAGGAAGCUGGUCUAGUCGCUGCACUGACAGGCCGUGUGACAGAUCUGGAGGAGCAGCUGUCAUCUACGCGACAAAAACUGACGGCAGAUCAGAAGCAACAUGACGAGGAGGUGGAAAACAUUAAGGCAGCGUAUGGGCAGAGCCUGGCCGCCAUGGAGGAUUGUCACAUGAAGGCAGCAGGGGAAGUACACCGCAAACACCUCCAGGAAGUUGAAUUUCUCCUGGCUGAGAAAGACCGGAUGCUCAAGGAGGAGGCUGUUGCUACGGCAACCGCCAUCGAAGCCAUCCAGCGCGCUCACCGCCUGGAGUUGGAAAAGGAAGUGCAGAGGAGAUCUCAAACACUCAAUAUCACAGGAAACUGUCUCAUGGAGGAAGUCUACAAACAACACAGUGAGGAGUUGGCGUCCUGUCAGCAGGAGCUGGAGGAUCUGUCCUAUCGGUUCACGCUCAAGUGUGUGGAGAUUGAUCACAUGACUCAAGAGCUGGAUGCUCAGAGGGAAACGCUGAGUCAGCGGCAGCAGGAGAACCAGGAUUUGAUGGAACAAAACCAGGAGCUGAGCGUUCACCUGGGGUCCGAGCUAAGUCGGGUGACCAAACAGGAAGUACUUCCUAACAAUAAGGACGCCAACAUUUACAAGAUGGAGCUGCUGCUGCGUGUGAAAGAGAGCGAACUCCAGAGUGUGCGGCAACAAGUCGCCACUCUCCAGGACAAACUGCAAGUGGCGCCGAAGCUCAAAGUUGACUGGACUAACGACUGACGGCACAGCAAUUAGCAAGAUGGAAAGUCUGUUGGAGCCUGUCCUGCCCACCUUUGCCCUCAUGUAGCACUUAGAUCAUUUAACAAUAUUUUGAAUAUCUUUUCAGGUGGCUCAUGAUGUUUUAUCCACGAUGUUGUAAAUAGUUAAUGUGAGAAAUUAUGUUUAUUAUUUUAU